CCGCCCCGGCUCCGCGCUGAGGCGGCGGCAGAGCGCGGCGGGGCCGCCCGGCCAUGGAGCGCUACGAGAAGCUGGGCAAGGUCGGGGCUGGCUCCUACGGCGUCGUCUUCAAGUGCCGCAACAAGGACACGGGGCAGAUUGUGGCCAUCAAGAAGUUCCUGGAGUCCGAGGAGGACCCGGUGAUCCGGAAGAUCGCCCUGAGGGAGAUCCGCAUGCUCAAGCAACUCAAACACCCCAACCUGGUGAAGCUGCUCGAGGUGUUCAGGAGGAAGCGGCGGCUGCACCUGGUGUUGGAGUACUGCGAGCACACCGUGCUGCAUGAGCUGGACAAGCACCCCCGCGGGGUGCCAGAGUACCUGGUGAAGAGCAUAACCUGGCAGACCCUGCAGGCUGUGAACUUCUGCCAUAAACACAAUUGCAUCCACCGGGAUGUGAAGCCAGAGAACAUCCUGAUAACAAAGCACUCGGUCAUCAAACUCUGUGACUUCGGAUUUGCUCGAAUACUUACCGGUCCCAGUGACUACUACACCGACUACGUGGCCACCCGGUGGUACCGCUGCCCGGAGCUGCUGGUGGGGGACACCCAGUACGGGCCCCCCGUGGACGUGUGGGCCGUCGGCUGCGUGUUCGCCGAGCUGCUCUCGGGGGUGCCCCUGUGGCCGGGCAAGUCGGACGCGGACCAGCUGUACCUGAUCCGCAGAACCCUGGGGGAUCUCAUUCCCAGGCACCAGCAAGUGUUCAGCACCAACCAGUUCUUCAGUGGGGUAAGAAUUCCAGACCCAGAGAGCAUGGAACCAUUGGAAGUGAAAUUCCCUAAUAUUUCAUACUCUGCACUGGCUCUCAUGAAGGGCUGCCUCCGGAUGGACCCUGCGGAGAGGCAGAGCUGUGAGCAGCUCCUGCAGUUCCCCUAUUUUGACAGCUUCAGGGAGGCGGCAGAGCCGGGCAAAGAACACGAGAAGGGCGCUCGCAGACCAGCCGGGCUGACUCGGAAGCACGUGCCAGGGUUACAGCACCUGCCUCAGCUGACCUGCAGCAAAGUUCUGCCAGCUUUGGACAGCAAGAAGAACUGCUGCAAAACAAGGAAAUCAAAGUACCACUUCCCAAACAUCUGACCAGGUGGCACAUCAAAAGUUGUUCAGAGUCAUCCAGGAUUUAUAAAUGGAGGAUACGCAGUGAAAAACUCAAUUACCAAAAGUUAUGGUGUGCACAGAGUGAUCCGUCCUCUACUCUGGGUCACUGAUGGAGAGGAAGUGAUGCAAAAAGAACUCCAAGCUCAUCUUAGUGUUCUGUGUACAAAGGCAAAUGCAUUCUGCUUUAAUUCCUGACUGCCUCCUGGGUCAGGAUUACCCCAACCCAGUGCUUGCAGUAUGAAAUCUGAAACUCUGUCUCUGCAUUUCAGACUUGGCAGGAGAACUCUGCCUUGUCCCUCCUGGGCUGAGCCCCUGCUCUGAGGAGCUGUGCCUGUGCUGCUGAAGGGCUGUGGCUGCAGCCCAGGCUGGGAGGGCUCAGCUCCUGCCCUUGCAGAGCUCAAAGGUCUCCAGGUGCUGCUCGGCCUUCAGGGGCUCCACAGGCACCAGGAGAACAGAGCAACAACAUCCCUGCUGAUUCUUUAGUCUUUCCAGAGCUUCUCCUGCAAGUUUCAUCCUUGAAUUCUGCUUCUGACAAGAGUGAGGGCACUUGCUUGUAGUCAUGAAAAUUAUUUUAUCAAAACUAAUCAUGAAUAUAAUUUAUAACAAUGGCCAGACACAGGCAGGAAUCCUACCUAAGUGUUUGUAUUAGAACAACUGGGGUUUGUAGAAUCUCAGAACAUAAUAUUGUAAUGAUUUUGAAUAAAAGAAAUGGAACUUUUUCCAAUUUACUGGAGGUGUUUUGCUAUAUAAAACUUCACUACUGGGCAAGAACAUCCUCUUUUUACUGACACAGCAAAGAUGUUUUGCCAGUACAUUUUGUGUUCCACAGCAGUAAAAGCCCUUUCAGUGGGACAGAUGCCAUGUCAUGGGUGUGCCUGUUGGCCUCGUUUCCUUGCACAUGGAAAACCAUCUCUGAGACAGCACCGUGCAUCUGACUGCUUGGAGUUGUUGCCUUCUGCCCUUCCCU